AUGUCUGACAAGCUUACCCGUAUUGCCAUUGUCAACAGUGACAAGAAAUGUCGCCAGGAGUGCAAGAAGUCUUGCCCCGUCGUCCGCACGGGUAAGCUCUGCAUUGAAGUUGCCUCCGACUCGAAAAUCGCCUUUAUCUCCGAAAGCCUGUGUAUCGGUUGUGGUAUCUGCCCCAAGAAGUGUCCUUUUGGCGCCAUCAACAUCAUCAACUUGCCCACCAACUUGGAGUCCCAGGUCACCCACCGCUACUCCGCCAACAGCUUCAAGCUCCACCGUCUUCCCAUGCCCCGCCCCGGCCAGGUGCUUGGUCUCGUUGGAACAAACGGUAUCGGUAAAAGUACCGCACUGAAGAUCCUGAGUGGCAAGUUGAAGCCUAACCUGGGCCGCUACGACAACCCCCCGACUGGGAGGAGAUUCUCAAACUACUUUACCAAGGUUCUGGAGGACAAUUUGAAGGCUGUCGUGAAGCCUCAGUAUGUCGAUCAGAUUCCUCGCGCUGUCAAGGGUCCUGUCAAGCAGGUUGAGGAGCUCAUCAAGGCCCGUGACCAGCUGGAUAACAUGGAGGAGAUCAUGAAUGUUCUUGAGCUGAAGCAAGUUGCCACCCGUGAUAUUGACCACCUCUCUGGUGGUGAGCUGCAGCGUUUCGCCAUUGGUCUGGUUUGUGUGCAGAAGGCCGAUGUAUACAUGUUCGACGAGCCGUCAUCUUAUCUCGAUGUCAAGCAGCGUCUGGCUGCCGCUCGUACCAUUCGUGGCCUGCUUCGUCCUGACGACUACGUCAUUGUCGUCGAGCACGAUCUUUCGGUUCUCGACUAUCUUUCUGACUUUAUUUGUGUGCUCUAUGGUCGUCCCGCUGUUUAUGGUGUUGUUACUCUGCCUGCCUCUGUUCGCGAGGGUAUCAACAUUUUCUUGGACGGUCACAUUCCCACUGAGAACUUGCGUUUCCGUGAAGAAUCCCUCACCUUCCGCCUGACGGAGGCUGGUGAUGAUUUUAUUGCCGACAAGGCCCGUGCUUUCGCAUACCCGAAGAUGGAAAAGACUCUUGGCAAUUUCCAUCUCAAGAUUGAGCCUGGAAGAUUUACUGACUCCGAGAUUAUCGUCAUGAUGGGUGAAAAUGGAACUGGAAAGACCACAUUCUGUAAGAUGCUGGCCGGUGCCGAGAAGCCCGAUCAUGGCGCUUCCGUUCCCAAGAUGAACAUCAGCAUGAAGCCUCAGAAGAUUACUCCCAAGUUCCAGGGUACCGUGCGUCAGCUUUUCUUCAAGCGUAUCAAGGCUGCUUUCCUCUCCCCGCAGUUCCAGACUGAUGUCUACAAGCCGCUCAAGCUUGACGACUUCAUUGAUCAGGAAGUUCAGAAUCUGUCUGGUGGUGAAUUGCAGCGUGUUGCCAUUGUCCUGGCACUGGGUAUUCCCGCCGAUAUUUACCUGAUUGAUGAGCCUAGUGCUUACCUGGACUCUGAGCAACGUAUCGUGGCUGCUCGUGUCAUCAAGCGUUUCAUCAUGCACAGCAAGAAGACUGCUUUCAUUGUCGAGCACGAUUUCAUCAUGGCUACCUAUCUUGCGGACCGUGUCAUUGUCUUUGACGGUCAGCCGUCCGUGGAUGCUCGUGCCAACACCCCGGAGUCUCUGGUUACUGGAUGCAACAAGUUCCUGCGCAGUUUGGAUGUCACUUUCCGUCGUGACCCCAACAGCUACCGCCCCCGUAUCAACAAGUACCAGAGUCAGAUGGACCAGGAGCAGAAGUUGGCCGGCAACUACGUAAUACUUCUUGGAAGAGGAGGCUUGAAGAGGGCAUUGUUCAUGAGCAUCAUCGCCGCUAUCGCAACCGCGAUGGCCGCGAUUCUCAGCGGCGGCGCAAGCGGCGUCGUGGCGACCGAGGAUUCGGGUUUUUAA